GAGAUGGUUUUCUUGAUGAAGUUGUAUCAGCUUCUGAUACUGGUUCUGAUACUAUCAUGUCAAUUCGCAGUUAUACAGGGUCUUCAUUACUUUGGCCUUCCAAUUCAACUUGCUUGGCUUUCUACACAGUCUGGAGUAUCGUUCCAG